UAGUCGCAGUCUUGUUUGGUUCCUCAGAUUCAUUGUCAGUGUUUUGUUGACAUGCUGAAGUUUACCGUCUUCCGUGUAAUAAUGGAAAUAAAUAAUAAAAAAAACAGGAAGCAGAAUUGCAACACAGUUAGUGUGUAAUAAGUAUUGUGUCCAGUGUUUUUUUCGCACGUCAGCUGUAGCGAUCUAAAGUCUGCUAUUUUGCCGUUAGAUCGGCGAGUUGUUUUUUACAACACAAUCAACAAAAAAAAGUUUACUGCAGUAUAACAUCUGCACACGGAAGUACAUUAAUACAAGUUUGUUUUGCUAAAAAAAAAAAAAAAAAAAAAUGAAGAAAACGAAUAUUUUAUUUGCAGCUACAUUGUGUGUUUUGAGUUUUUGUUCUCCGCGGGGAAAUUGCGAAUUCCAUUUUCAGAAAGGGCCUCUGAAAUCUACAAAGGUUCUCGGUUUCUCGUGGAAUAACUGUGGAAGCACUAAGGACCCAGCCGUGAUGAAGGCUCUCUCCUUGUCACCGGAUCCCAUUAGUAUCCCUGGCGACCUCAAAGCGAACGCCGCUGGCUCCACGAGCGUUGCUUUCACCUCGCCUCUCGCUCUGAAUGUGACGUUGGAAAAGGAGGUGGCUGGGUUCUGGGUGAAGGUCCCCUGUGUGGAGGAGCUGGGGAGCUGCCACUACAGAGAUUUGUGCCAGAUACUGGACACCCUGACACCCCCCGGACAGGACUGUCCCGAGCCGCUCCACACCUACGGCAUCCCCUGCCACUGCCCCUUCAAGGCGGGUGAUUACUCCCUUCCUGAUUCAGAUUUCUACCUGCCUGAUGCGGACCUGCCCUACUGGCUGACGAAUGGGAAUUAUAAAGUGGUAGGGGUUCUGGGCAGUGCAGGGCAGGAGCUGGGCUGCCUUAAACUCACCUUAUCCCUCCACUCUGCCUAAUCCUCGGUGCUAGACACAGAAGAGAACCAAUCCCCACUCUUCCACUUGAUCUAAUGCAAAUCUUAACCUGAAUCUAAAUCAUCUGUUGAACGAAACUAGGGUAACAGCACAAUCUAGCCUAACGCAUAUAUAUAUAUAUAUAUUUUUUUUUUUUACUGCUGUAUAUGUUGUGUUUUUCAUUGUUCUACCCUCAAGCUUCUGUCACAUUAAAAAGGAGAAUAACCACAGAAAUAAGUGGACAAUUAGGUACAAAUAAUGUCACAGAAUAACUUCAUAAUAAUCCUUCCCAGUCUGAUAUGCCAAAUUUACUAUGCUGUUUACAACACAAGGGGGUGUACCAACAAAUGGCCUUGCAUCUUUAUUUUAAACACAUUUUUUAACCCAACCAAGCUCUGUUUAUCCUUUUUGACCUAUAUGUAUCAAAACUAACCUGGGCAGAAAAGAAGAACAACAGUAAGCAGCACUGUAACCGUUUACAUGGAAACAAAGCCUCCCUCCAUUCCAGAAAUUAAACCGUUUCCCUUCAGGUAUUGUAUUUCAUUGUAUAUGUUCAAAAUGCUCUUUGUAAACGCUGAGUUGUUUGAAACAUAGUUCUAAAACCAAGGCAGUAUCAUUAUAUUGUGCCAGUAGAACCCAAGGUGAGGGGCUCUAUGUAGAAUCUCUACAGUGUAAUAGCUUGCAAUCAUUCUCCUUUUGGAUUUAGCAACUGAAGAAAUAUGGACCUCUCUGCAUUGCAGUGUUUAGUGAGAAUUUUUAUUUUGGGUAGUUCAGUGCACUCAAGAUGCAUCAUUUAUUCACUUCUUAGUCAUUUGGUUAGUUAAGCUAAUUCUGCUUUGGAUUGUCGCAGGGAACCAAUCGCAAAAUGUAGAAAUUAUUUUUUGUUGUUGUAAGCAAUUGAUGUAAACGUCUGUAUGAAUCAUAUUGCAGCGAUGCUGUUCUUUAAGUGUUCAUUUCUCAUUAACAGUGGACCUCAUUGCAUUUGUGUAAUUUAAAAAAAAUGAUUAUUUUUUGUACUAAUAUUUACCUAUGUUGUGCAACGGUUAUAAUAAAAGAUUUCCCUGUA